AUGAAUUGGAGGUUCUUUGGACGAGAAGAAAUAGAAAGUUACCAUCACCGAAACACAACUUUCUAUUUCUUAUACGAAAGAACAUCAAGGACGAAACUAGUCUCGGAACAAUUUUUUAGGAUAACGAUAAUAAUGUUACUUUUAUUAAUAUUUAGUAGUUUAAAUAUUGCAAAUGAUGAUUGUUUUUCUACUUUUUCGGAGUUGGAAAUACGACAAUUUGAAAAAUCGAAUUUUGUACAUAAAACGAAACUAAUAGAAACCAUUAGAGAAAGUAAAAAAUUGAAAGGAUCAUCUUCUCUAAAAUACAACACCCCUAGGUACUCUAAAAAUUAUAAACCAACAAGAUUAAAUAGAAUAUUAGACGAAACAAAUUCUAAUUUGGGAUUAAACCGAACGAAUGGAAAUUUUACAAAAGUGAAAACAUGUUUUUCCUAUAUUCCAAUUAGUUUUGAUAUUCAUGUAAAUUUGGAAAAUUAUACAUCAAUUCUUGAUUGUGGAUCAACCACUGAGAAUGCAUGUAAGGACAUGUCAGCUGCCAUGGUUUCAUUAUCCUCAAUUUCUACUAGGGAAGGAAGAAAGGGUGAAUGCUUUGAAAUUUUGUUUAAUAUAAUUCUAAUGACUGAUCUAGCUGAUUUGGAUAGAAGUGGUGGAAGGGCAUGUCUUGCUCGAGUUCCACCCAUUGAUGGAUCGAUUCGGCAAUUUAUUCGAGUUAAUGUGUUAGUGAAGAGUUUUGACAAUGCUUCACCUCGACUCAUUAGAUGCUUUUAUGAUACAGAUGGUUUUAUAACUGAUUCAUCAAGUGUUAUUUCCUAUAUACGGUUUCAUAAUAUGAAGGCAAUUAAUAUGGUUACGCCAUGUAUGGAAGCUUCAAAUGUUGAUUUUUAUCAGGUGAAAAUUUUUAGUAGUAUGGACUAUAGAUUUAGACUUUCUAAUUCGAGAAUUAUUGGAUCGGUUAUUGAGAUGAAUUAUGGAAAUAUUGAAAUGGAAAAUUGUGUAACUGAUUCAGAUAUAAUGAUAAUGGGAGCUGAAAGGGUAUUGUUUAAUAGGACCAAAUUUUCAGCCAAAUUGGAUGUAGAUAGUGCUGGUCCUACUAUAUUAGUUGCACAUGCAGAAAGUGUCGAGUUUUCGUAUUGCCAAUUCGAAUUUUCAAAGAAUUCACAGUUGACAUUGCGAUCUGUCGUUCAGGCAGAUAUUAAUCAUUGCAAUUUUACAUAUGUUCCGUUACGGAAUCAUAUUAGAAAGAAUCCAAAGGAAGAUGCCGGCGACCCAGCCGAACUUUCAGCUAUUAAGGCAAACCUUGUCUUUCGGAUAUUUAUAACCAAAUGUAAUUUUUCUGGAAAGAGAGAGUAUGGAUGGAUAGAUUGGAUUUCAGUGGGAACAGUCAAUUUUGUACGUUCUGCAUUCAUAGACAAUUAUUCAAUGAAUGCAAAAUCAGUGGUUUCUCUCUAUCUGUGUCAGGAGGUCAAAGUGGUUGAUUGCUUUUUUCAACAAAACAAGGCCAAACAUUCAGGUGCUAUACUUAUUGAUUCUUCUGAUGUAGUUGUUGUGAAAAACUCCAGAUUUUUCAACAAUACUUCAUUCAAGAGUGGAGGUAGCAUUUCACUCCUCUCUGUCUCUACAUCUUCAUGCAUUCUAGGAUCACGAUUUAUCAAUAACACAGCAAAAAAUGGAAAUGGAGGAGCCGUAUUAAUGGAUGGAAAUUAUGCAGUUAGAAUUGAAUCGACACUUUUUCAUUCAAAUAAUUCAACACUGGCAGGUGGUGCACUCUAUAUUCGAAAUACUACUUUGGCAGCUAGUUUACUUCUUACUAGUUUUGUAAAUAAUAGAAUUGUUCUAUCACCAGCGGAGGAACAGCGUUUCAAGUCUGGUCAUUUCGUUGAGGGAAGUGGAGGAGCCCUAUCACUAAUCAAUACGCAUGGCUUUAUGACGAAAUCAACAUUUCUACUCAAUUCAGCCCUUAGAGGUGGUGCCUGUUUCACAAAUGGAAAAAAUAUUGGAAUAUACUCUCCUAUGAUGGAAGAGAACUCUGCAUUUAUUGGAGGAGGAAUAUUCAUUGAAGGGUAUGCUUUUAUUGAAAAUAUGCCUGAUGUUCAAUAUAAUAGUGCAGAUCAAUACGGAAAUGAUAUUGCCACCUCAAUAAGGCAAUACAAUCUUUCACUAGAUAGAUUGGAAUUGAAAUCAGAUGACACUUAUGAAUCAAUUUAUGUCUAUCCGGGGCAAGUAGUAUCUGCUUACUUUUCUCAAAUGACUGAUGGUGUAAAUAAUAAUGUACCUGUAUUGUUAGAAAGUGCCAUUAUAGAAAUCAACGAUACUUUAUCGAGCUCAAACUUUGAUGUGCAUGUAAACCAGACCAAUUUUUCGAAUAUUGUUGGAUUUCACAUUUCACUCAAGAAAGAAUCCAUAGAUCUCAAAAAAGAUAAUUAUUUUUUUCUCAAAUUAAGACUCCCAUUUGCAACAACUAAAUUUGUACGUGUUCACUUGGUUCCUUGCAAGGUGGAUUAUAUCAUUAAGGAUGGACUGUGUCAACUUGGUUUUCCCUAUAGUCAGGUCAUACCAGUCAUUGUUGUUGCCUCAAUAUUGGUGAUGAUUAUUGGUAUCGUUAUUGGCUCAUGCACUUGUUCAUUCCUUGCCUUUUCAAUUUGGAGAGUUUACAAAAAGAUCAAGAAAGUCUAUGUUCGAGAAAAAUCAGAGAAGGAAAUCGAAGAAAAACUACUUACCUAUGAUGUCUCGUACUCUGAUUAUGGAUCCCUUCAUUCUGUGGAUAUUGAAAAGAAUGCCAAUUACAUAAUUCCAGCAAAUGAACUGAAAUUUGAAAAGAAAAUUGGAGAAGGUGCCUCAGGAUCUGUCUAUCAAGCCAAAUGGAAUAUGAUGGAUGUUGCUGUGAAAACCAUUGUUCGAAAGGAGGGUAGUAAUGACAUGUUCGAGAAGGAAGUAAUGGUUCUGAUACAACUCAGACAUGUGAAUAUUAUUUCAUUCUAUGGAAUUUGUAUUUCUGAAACUCAAUCCUACAUGGUUGUAGAGUUGGCUCAGAAUGGAAGUAUGGAGAGACUUAUCAAGAAUAUGAAGAAAGGAACUGUCAAGAAGACUUUGAAGGAAAAGCUAAAAAUUCUGAUUGGUAUUGCAAAUGGGAUGAAAUACUUGCAUGGAUUACAACCUAACUAUCUCAUUCACAGAGAUUUAAAACCUGCUAAUAUUAUUCUAGACUAUAAUGAUAAUCCAAAAGUGUGUGACUUUGGAUUAUCUAGAACAGUCUCAAAUCAUACCUUGACAACAUCAUUAACUGCAAAUAUUGGAACAUUAUUAUACAUGUGUCCUGAAUUAAUUCUUGAAGAAGAUAAUGAACAGACCUCAUCCGCACUUUCCAAAGAGAAUGCCAAGAAAAUUGAUGUCUAUGCAUAUGCAAUAAUAAUGUGGGAACUCUUCUUUGAGGAAACCCCUUAUUGGAAUGAUACAUGUGAAAAGAUUAAUUAUUUCAAUCAUGUGAGUUUGGAUCAAAAGAAAAUCAAGGCCUUCAACUUGCUCUUCUUUGUAGCUAAUCAAGAAAAACGACCAAUCAUACCAUUCGUUGAUUGGAAUGAAAUGACCACAUGGUGUGAAAAGUUUCUACGAGAAAUGAAUCCUCGUAAUGCUCAUCAACUCCUCUCCGCAGUCGAUGGUUAUGUUAAUAUUAUGAAAAUGAGUUGGGCCACCGAACCAAGUGCAAGACCAUCCUUUGAAAUUAUCAUGAACAUGUUAACUGAUUUGUAUGAAAUGGAUUUUUAAAUUCUCAUCACUAUGAUGUCAUCAAUAUAAAUUUAAAUAAUUCCUUCGUU